AUGGCCGCGUCCACCAUGUCUGUCUGCUCCAGCACUUGCACUGACCCUUGGCAGGUAGACGACUGUCCAGAGAGCUGCUGUGAGCCAACCUGCUGUGCCCCCGGUUGCUGCACAACAGCUCCAUGCCUGAAGCUGGUCUGCACCCCAGUGAGCUGUGUAUCCAGCCCCUGCCAGUCAGGCUGUCCCAGCUACUGCACACCUUUGUGCUGCCAGCAGUCCAGCUGCCAGCUGGCUUUCCUCGCCUCCUCUUCCUGCCAGCAGCCCUGUUGCAUACCCAUCUGCUGCAAGCCCGUGUGCUGCAAACCUGUCUGCUGUGUGCCCGCCUGCUGUGUGCCCGCCUGUCCUGAGGCUGCCUCUUUGUGCUACCAGCAGUCCAGCUGCCAGCCUUCCUGCUGCACCUCCUCCCCCUGCCAGGAGUCCUGCUGCGUUGCCGUCUCCUGCAAACCCGUGUCCUGCAAACCCGCCUGCAGCAAGCCUGUGUGCUCCGGGUCUUCUUCGUCGUGCUGCCAGCAGUCUAGCUGCCAGCCAACUUGCUGCCCCUCUUCCUGCUGCAGACCCUCCUCCUGCAUGUCCCUCCUCUGUCGCCCUGUGUGCAGGCCUGCCUGCUGUGUGUCCAUUCCUUCCUGCUGUGCCCCUGCCUCCUCUUGUCAACCCAGCUGCUGCCGCCCGGCUUCCUGUGUGUCCCUCCUCUGCCGCCCUGUGUGUUCCCACCUGGCCUGCUGA